UGUCUCAGUCUGUCAGAAGAGGAUGUCGUCCGCGGCUGCGAGUCGAAAGCCCAAUGUGCAAGAGCAGAAGAUUCACCAAGCUGCUCUCGCAGAUCCCAGAAAGAGCAUAACACCGAAAGAAUGUGAGGCUCUCGUUCCCGAUUCUAAGGCGCGGAUGGACGCGAUCAACUUCUUGCUUGCCACGGGUCUGUUGAAAGCGAUGAAGGAUACGAAGGGAAAUGUUUUGUUCAGGGCCGUCAUGAAGAAGGAGAUGGAAGUGAAAAAGGAUAUGAGCGGCGAAGAGAGCAUGGUUCUCAGUCACAUCCAAGCUUCUGGUAACGAAGGGAUAUGGACGAAACAUCUCAAAGCAAAGACCGAGCUCCACCAGACUGUCAUUGAUCGGUGCCUCAAGUCGUUGACACAAAAGCAGCUCAUUAAGGCUGCCAAAUCCGUCGAGUUUCCCACCCGCAAAAUGUACAUGCUUUAUCACCUAGACCCAUCGGUGAAGAUGACAGGAGGGCCAUGGUACACCGAUAAUGAGCUUGACACCGAGUUCAUCAAGCUACUAUGCAGCGCGUGUUUGCGAUUCAUUCGUGAUCGUAGCCUGCCAAAAGCCUCAAGCUCUACACCAAAUAAUGCACCUCUCUACCCCAUUGCACAGGUGCUGAACUUCCUUCGCAAAAGUCGCAUUACGGAGACGACGCUCGAGGUUGAGCACGCAGAGAUGCUUCUCGGCGUGCUCGUGCUGGAUGGAGAUGUCGAGCGACUCCCGACCUUCGGCGCGGCAAUGUGGGAAAGCAACAUGGAAGCCACCACAGGAGACGGCAGUGACGACGAGACGCGCUCAAGCAGUAGCAAGAAGCGCAAGCGAAAGGACAAAGAACGCGAGGGCUCGUUGCGCAAACGAAAACGCUCCAAGCGCAGCCACUCGGACGCAGAGUCUGACUCGGAGGAUUCCGACCCCGAAGAUGACCAGCAGAGCAAGAGCAAGUCAAAAAGCAAGAGGAGAGCAAGGACGAGAGCGACAAGAGCGAUAGGGAUGACGGAAGUGAGAAAGAAGACAAGACACGGAAAAAGAGGAGGAAGCGGAGCAAACAGGAGAGUGACGAAGAAAGUGACGAUGAGGAAAACGCAAGAAGAAGAGCAAAUCCAAGACGACAGCGAGUCCGAGUCUUCACGUACUGCGUCGUCCGACUCAGACACCGACGCGCGUCCCCGUUCCAAGUCCAAGUCCAAGAGCAAAUCUAAACGCUCCUCUCCUGCUCUGCAGUACUCUUUGGAUGCAGGCGACAUGGACGCGUUGGAAUACGGGGCGCAUGUGUACCGCGCGGUUCGUCAGGAGUACGCGGGUGGGGUAGGCCUUGGCCAAGCGCCGUGCACGCGGUGCCCGACGUUCGACUUCUGCAAGCCGGGUGGUCCUUGGCUGGGUGUUGCGCCGGGAGGUGUGGAGAAAGAAGACGCAGAUCAGCGUGCAGGGAAGGAUGACCAAUUGACGGGCAUAGAUUUCUAAAAACACCACCACUGUACGCAAAGCAAGUUCUAUAGAGCUGAGCUUGAAGUGAGUCUUCACUAUGACAGAGCUACAACUGCUUCUUCAAGUGACCCAGUGACAGCGUGAAACGUUGCCUUGAUUUGGUCGAAGCCGUUACUUAUUUGGAGCAUGCGCGUCUCAACAAGGGACGUGUUAGUCUUUUGGCCAG